CACACUCGUAAUUUUUAGUGGAAAAAAAAAGUUACUAGAAGUUGUUUACGAAUUCUAAGAAAUCAAACAGAAGAGCCGAUAAAUUUCAAGAGUCGUCACGUGCGAUACAACAAUGGAAGAUUUUUUGAAAAUUGACUGGAAUCCGCCGACGAGCGACGUCAUCGACAAUGAAUUUAUUAAUCCCGAUAGGUUAGAAACUACAAGUGUUAUGUACAAGAUUCUUCAGGGAACAUUCACGGAUCCUAUGAAAGAUGCUCACAAAUAUUACGAGAAAGAUGUGACACUUGAAGAAGUUAAUUCUUUGAAAGCACUGAAAGUAAAACAAAGUGUUGAGAGAAAAUUACAGUCACGUAAAAAUCAAUCAGAAGAAACUCCUGGUGACGGUGAUGACAAGAAUUUUGAUAAAAAAUACAAACAAUAUGUACCUGGAAUAGCAAAAAGAAUAAAUAUUAUAUUCCCAAGACCUUCUAGUCUUACUGCUGAGCAACAUGCGCUUUGUGUACGCGUUUAUAAAACUUUAUCAUCACCUGGGACAUCUGAACAAUCUGGCGCACUAAAACCGCAAGAGUUGGAGACGGUUGUAAGUCUCAGAAGUUUGAUUGAUGAAGAGCAGAAAAUUUACUUGGAUUUAUGUAAGCAGCAUUGGAAACCAACAUACUUUAAAUUGACACGUGAAGAUCUUAUUAAUUACAAAUGGAAUAUUAAAUUAAAAGCAGCUCGUCAACUUCAUAGAUAUUAUUUAGAAGCUGGCAACAUUCCAUUAACUUCUGAGUUGAAGAUUUCUGCUGCUUUUAAUUCAACUGUAGUUGAUGUGGAAAACUUGCCAGUGCUAUUGCUACCAAAUCCAGAACGUCGUUAUAUAUUUGAUUCUCAAUCAAAAACCAUCGAAUCGAGAUAUUUAAAAAUUAAAAAGUCACAUUCAGUAUUUUUAGGAGAUAUCGAUAGUAAUCUUGAACAAUUAGCACAGACUCAUGAUGUCGAUUUAGUUAUAACGUCAUCUGGAUUAAAUUGUCUGGCUACAAAUAUCGAUCCAUCUUAUGCAAAUAAUUGGAUCCUCCCGGUCGAAGUCAAAGAAUUGAAUAAUAAAAAUGUCGUUUUUAUCGGCAAACCUUUGCCACCAACGGCUAAAAACGCUUUGCAAAAAAAUGCAUGGAUUUAUAAGUACAUUCUCAAGAGUUCAUUGCUAGUUGUUGACAAUUCGUCGCUUAUUUCACAAGACCCAGUAUUAGAGUCUGCACACCCGGCCUAUCAGGAUCCUGACAAUAAUCAUAAGACCAAUGAAGAUGAAGGUGAUCAAUCAUGGCAUAAUUAUCAGUAUAAUAUUUAUACAAUCGGCGCUUGUGGUUCGUCACAAAAUGAACUGCUAAAAAGUAAAAUUGAAAAGGAUUACAAAAUAUUAGUGCGGUCAAAAAUUGAUGGCAUUGAGAGAUUGAAAAAUGGCGAAAUCAAUCGAAUCAAGAUCGCACCUAAAUUAGAACAUCAACUGGCAUUGGGUGCUGAGGCUGUCACACUCGAGGAAGCAUCGAAACAAUGGAUUUCGUUGGCAUUCACACCUGACACAACUCUUCUACGAGUUCGUGUAUCAGCAUUCAACUCCGAGUACAUCCAACUAGAAAGACGUUCGGCGAAUGCUAUAAACAAUGAAAUAAAACGUCUUUACAACGUAAAAGGCGAAGAUUCUUAUUCUAUAAUAUAUAAUAUCGUUGAACAUAUGACGAAAAUGUCACCAGGACGUUAUGUUUUAAGACAUACUGCUCGACAUGGAGCAUUCGUUAAUAUUUACGAAGAAACUCCAAAAUCUGGAAAAAAUACAAUUGAUCUAGAAGCUGUUUUUUGUGACGAUGAAUUCCAAACAAUUCCUAAUCCCCCGUGGCCGUUGAUUGACAAACUAGUACUGACACCAGCGUUAAUUUGUUUCCAGCGUAUGCCGGCGAUGUUUUAUCCAUCAAAAUUCACACCAAAGCCUCCACAAAAAAAGAGCGCUCGUGGUCGGAAGAAGAAAAAUAAUAAUUGAUCACAAAAUUAUUACUUUUGAUAUUAACUUCGAUUAAUUUAUAAAAAAAAAUAAGACUCAAUUACUGACACUCGGAAAAUUAUAUACACGUUCAUAUAAUUUGGAAUAGAUGAAAUUUAUUCUUGUCAAUAAUUGGGGCUUCUACUUAAUUAACUACUUUAAUUAAUUUUAUAAAUUUUUCGUCAAUUUUCAGGCAGAUUUCUACAUCAAUUUAUUGUUAAUUUGACUUGAAAAAAUGUAAAGUAUUUUUUUACCGUCAAAUUGUUGAUAUUUUUAUGUAUGUCUACAACGUAUUAUCAGAACUGGAUGGAUCGGAAUGUCUUAUUAUUCUCCCUCGGUGUGUAAUUUACUAUUUCUGUUAACAGAUCGUUUUUUCGUCGUAAUUGUUCAAGCUGAAGUGAACAAUGAAAUGGAAAAUUUACUUUACGCUAUGGUACAUUUAAUAGUGUAUAAAAAAAAUGCUUACCAGCUAAUGAUACCACUUGAUCUCAAUAGUACAAUAACUUAAUUAUAUAAUUAAGAUUUUGUUAAAGUUUUGUUGUAUUAGACUGGAAUAUGAAAUAAAUAAAUCUUUUCAAUAUAAGUAGACUUUAAUUUAUUUCUUUGUUUGUAAUUGAAAAAUUACAAUUUUGAUACGAUACAUUGAUUAAUGACUCAAUAAAUACCUCAAAAUAUAUUCAAUUGAAAUUCAGAUCAUAAGUUACUAGAAGUAAAUUUAAGUUCUUAUCAAAGAAUGUAGCGGAAGUAAAAAACGCAAACAGAAGUUAAGUUCAAUGAACAAAUUUAUGGAACGGAUUAGAAAUGUAAUUAAUAAGUAUUGAAUUUAUAAUAAUAGAAUUUUUUAAGACCAAAAAUGUUAUCGUUACGAAUGAACAAGAUGAUCUCUGUUGAUGUAAAAAACAUCUACUCCGUGCUAGAGAAACAUUCUACUCUCGUUAAUUCUGAAAAAGUUAAAAAUGAGUAAAUAAUUUAAAUCUAAUACUUUGAUAGAGUAAAAAAAAUUAUAAGCUUCGCUACAAUGAAGGAAGUAAAAACAUACCAUAUCCGUCUUCGGUUAAAUUUGUGCUGAUGGUCGGAAGAGGCGUGGGUGCGUUGGGGUCUUCAAUAGUUGGCCGAAUAACCACGGCAGCUUUUUUUAAUCGAGGAGCGUGACAUCGGAUAGCUAAAUCAUAAAUCGCUGGAGCAUUAAAAUUGUCGAGAUAUUUAGAGACAAGCGACUUUUCGCACAUUAAUUUCAGUCUUAUCAAUUCAUAUUUAUCAGCAGCUUUUAGCAAAUACUCUGAAUGAUCAUCUAAGUUACAGACCUUGUCAGUAUAGAUAUAUUCCACAACUUUUUCAAAUAUCUCUGGAUUGAUACCCGUAAGAGUUAAUUCAGAGUUGUUCUUGCUGUAGGAUGUUUGCUGAUGAUGAACAACUUCGUACAAUACAGGACACCCUUUUUUUAAAACAUUUUUAUGAACUCGAAAUUUAGUAUUCUGCACCUGUAUGACAAUAACAUCACCGCUAUCUUCUCGACUGUUAUAUAA